AUGGCGGAAGAGACGCACAAGUUUGAGCUACAUUACACAUCUGGAUUGAUUGGUGGUACUCAGGAUGAAAUCCCUGACGUGUACAAAGCCCGAAGUGCAAUCUAUCAUGCGGACUCCAUCCGUACCCCACUUUUGCUCAUGCAUGGUGAUCAAGACAAUGUUGUGGCUCCUUCUCAGAGCCGAUCUAUGGCAAAGACUAUUGAACAAAAUGGUGGGUGUGUUCGCUAUAUCGAAUAUGAAGGCGAGGGACAUGGCUUCCGUCAGGUUAGCACUCGAUGCAAGGCCCUCGAAGCCGAAUUUGAAUUUUUCCAAAAGGCUGCGCACUCGGUCCGUUCACCGUAA